AUGCUGAAGGAUCUAUGCGUCACCGGGAAUUGGAAAUCAGGUGAGGAGGGGGAGAGCAGUAGCGAUGAUGAGGCGAGGAGCAAGGGCUACGAAAGCGACGAUAGUGAAUUUGAAGCGCAAAUGAAUGGAAAACAACCUCUUAAAACCACCAAAAAGGCUCGUUCUUCGAACGACGACGAGGAUUAUGAUGGUGCUAAUGGGCAGGCGCGAAGGGGAUCGGACGCCCUUGCAGAGGUCAAGUAUGCCAGUAAAGGGGACUUCGCGUUAGGGUCUUUUUCCAACGAUGCGGACCCCUCGACUGGGAAUCAAAAACGUUCUGUACGAUGGAAGAAAGGGACUAAAAAUCAAGACGCGGAUGAUGAUUAUGACAUUCUUGCCGAUGAUUGCGAUCGUGUGGAGGGGAACGGAGAACGCGGAGGGAUCGGCGGCGACGAAGAGCUUGAUGAGCUCGUCGUGGGGUUUCUCAACCGUGAAUCCACAGCUGGAGGGCCCUCAAAGAAUCUCAAAAACGAUGAUCAUUUUGACAACAACGACGACGAGGGCAUCAAAUUUUACAAUGAGAAGGAUCGCUGGGCGAAGCGCAAUGCGCAAGAUGCCGGAGACGAGGCCGAGAGCGCCUUGGUUAUGCGCGGUGAGAAACUAAACCCCGAGCAAGAGCGCUUGAUGCAGAAAAAGAUGGAAAAAAAGAAAGGGUUCGACGAUGAAUACGACUUAACAGGGGGUGCUAUGGGAUCCUCGACGUCCAAAAAUAUGACUUUCAGCUACUACCAUCAGCUCAACCGCAAAGAAGAAGAGCGGAAAGCAAAGCUAAGCGAAACACUUGACAAGUUUGGCGAUGACAUAGAAAAGAAAAUCCAGCUGGUGGGGUAUUUUAGCGGGUUGUAUGUGCGUUUUGUGAUCGAGAAUAUUCCUGUUGAGUUUAUUAACCAGUUUGAUCCUUGCAAACCUCUUCUGGCGGGUGGGUUGAACCCCGGCGAGGAUGAGUUUCGUAUCGUUCACACAAAGCUCAAGCGCCAUCGCUGGUAUCCUAAAAUCCUCAAAGCGCAGGAUCCGCUAUUGAUUUCGAUGGGCUGGCGUCGCUUUCAAACACAGCCGGUUUUUGCCUCGGAGGAUCCCAACGGACGGCAUCGUUAUCUUAAAUAUACUCCUCUUCAUAUGCACUGCGUAGCCGCCUUUUACGCCCCGGUGGUGCCGCCCAACACCGGAUUUUUAGCAAUUCCCGUGCGUGAGCAACGCAUAGCGAACUUUCGUAUUUCUUGCUCUGGGUAUACGGUCGGCAACGAUGAUACCGCGGAGAUUGUGAAGAAGCUCAAACUUACCGGGACACCCGCAAAGAUCGAGAAGACGACUGUCUUUAUUAAGGGGAUGUUUAGUAGUGAGAUCGAGGCCACGAAGUUCGUGGGGGCGAAGCUCAAAGCCGUUUCGGGCGUUCGUGGUAUUAUUAAAGCUGCCCCCAAGGGGAAGCAGGGGAUGGUGCGGGCUACCUUUGAGGACAAGAUCUUCCCCUCCGAUAUCGUGUUUAUUCGCGCGUGGAAGCGGGUUGAACCACCGAUCUAUUGUUCUAUUCAACGGAAUCUCGUGGAUCCUGAUUGGGUGGGCAUGAGGACGAUGCGGGAGCUGCGCUGGGACUACGGUGUUCCAUUGAAGACUAACAAGGAUUCCGAAUACCGCGAGAUCAAACGCCGCCACCGCGUCGUCGAGGAGGACGAGGAUCUCAACGCACAGAAGGUGCUCCUCUCACGGAAUAUGAAAAUGCAGCUACCGUAUGACAUGAAAGAAGAGUUUAUUCCUUUAAAGCCGACAAAUGAACUGCGGGAUCGAAUACAGGGGGCGACGACGAUCGCACCGGAGCCUCAUGAGCAGCGUCGUCAGGCCUUGCUCGACGCUUUUGAGGAUCGCGCGGAUGCGAUGUCAAAGGUGAAGGAUUUGGCAAGAAAGCGCGCGCGAGAACGUGCAGUGAAAAAGGCCGAGAGAGAAAAUGAGGAGUACGCGCGUGGGCUGAAGCGUGCUAAGAAAGAAACCUCUCGCAUGCGGGAGUUCCGUAGCCAACAUAAGUCAAGGCACUAA